AGCAAGUUUGGCCCGAGAUCUUCGCAUACCUCACCCAUACCUCACCCACCUCCCUGCGCCAUUGUGGGCGAUGCCGCAGCAAGCCGCUCUCCUUAUUCCCGCAGGAGUCAUCGCCUCUGCGUUGGCCAGCGCGUUUCAACCCCCCCUGGUGGCUCGCCCGCUCAAGGCCGUCAUCCCAGUCCACUCCACAGCCCGUGGGAAGGCCACACACUUCCUCUCAGUCCUGAAGAGGAGAGAGAAGGGGCAAAACCAAGACACUCGCACUCAGUUACACGCCGAAGAGGUCAGUCAAAAUGAAUCAUCAAAAGACCUGCUCAACCUUCCCAAUACGCUCUCCCUGUUGUUGUCGCAGAGCUCUGGCAAUGACGAGCGGAAGACGUCCGAGCCACCAGACAGCACCUUGCCGUCGAGUGCUUGUCUUCCCCCAACCUAUGGUCAGAAAGGUCGUCAGCCACAAGACGAGUGCAAGUGCAUCUCUCUCUGUGUGUUUGCGUGUGUGUGUGUGGGCUGGUUGCAGGUGCUCCUCUGCAACUCCAAGUCGUUAACUACGGAGACGAGCAAGUCGCUGAGAAGUGGCUGGGGGAUCCUGUCCGCCGAGCUUCUGCCACCCCUGGUCAGUCAGCGAACGAGUGAUAGCGAGGCGGAAAUGAGAUCACCCCACCCACAUGUCUGUAUCGCUGUGCACUCGGUCCAUGCAGCUCCCAGCGAAGCCCCCCCUCCAAUCACAAUCACUGGACUGGAGCGUCCAGUCGAGCGCUUUUCCCAGGGCGUUUCCAAUGGCGGCACCGGGAUCAUCGCCGUGGGCGUCGGGAUCAUCGCCGUGGGCGUCGGGAUGAUCGCCGGGGCCAUCAUCACUGGUGCUGCCUCCCUCCUCGAGGCACUCAUCAAGGCCGGCAUGAAGGGUCCCGGUGCGGUCAUCGCCGCCCUCCUCAUCUCGGGUGCGUUCCUCUAUGUGGCGUUUGCCCUGGUAUGGUUGCUCAAAGCACUGCAGGAGUAGGCACCACGUCGUGACACACUACGCACGUGUGAGACAGCUAGACAGACAGGUGCUCAGAAAGGGGGAAGGGAUCUGAAGGGCUAGUGGGGGUGACUAUCUCUUGUACAGACAUACGGUUUUGCUUACUUGAACCACGGGAGGGAGGGAGCGGGUGUGUAGAGUCUGGGACUCUCAUGGGGCUCGGAUCCAUUGGCUGACGUCGUUUCUGUCUAUGAGUGUCGGCAGGCAGAGGAGGCGUCGGCCAAUCGACAGCCUGAGCCGCGAGAGACCACAUACAGACACACGUUUGCGUGGCGGUUUGACGGCUGGCUGAUAUGACGUGUCGUGAGCAGCAUAGACGUGGGAGGGUGGGUGAGCGGGCUUCAUCACUCGAUAGAAUAGCUGGGUUAUCGAGCUGAUUGAUUGUCUGCUCGAUGGGGAUUGAUCUGUGUGUAAGUCAGUCGGUGUCUGUAUAUGUAUGUAUAUCAAAGCACACACAUAUGUGAUGUGCCUUCCUUUCGCGUUCUAACCGGCCAUUCAGUCGCGACGGUGUGUGAGUUUGUGUGAUGACCGAUUGGUUCUCUUCUUCCGCACCGAUUUAGUCAGUCGACACAGUUUCUGUCAACAGGCACGCACAUGAAAGCGUCAUCAAGCGAGCGAGCAGCCAGUCGAGCUUAUCUACCAGUCAUCUACUUAAUGCAGUGCAGUCAAGUCAGCCGAGUUAGUGACUUCCUGAACUACAAGUAAAGUGGCGGCCAG